AACUUGUCUUUAAUAUUAUGUGAAUUAUAGUUUCGAAAAUUAAUACAGACCGUAUUAUUAUGGUCCAUGAAGAUGGUUCUAUUCAAGUCUCAUAUCUAUUGUUAUUCGAUUAACCAAAUGGAAUAUCAAUGGUGAUUCUAUGUAAGACUACAUAAGAUGAAUUAUUUAUUUUGAUUCAGUCUCGUAAAUUUGCAUUUGAACCGUCACUGUUUUGCAAAUAUUUUUUAUAUAUAGCAUUUUUCAGGGAAUGAUCUACUAUCAAACGUAAGAUCCUUAUGAAAUUCUAGAGCCUUCAAGUUGAAAGAACUCCAUUAAAUUAUCAAUCAUUUCGUAACAAUGCUGUCGAGCCACUUAGGAAAACUCUUCUUGACCGAAAAAGUGAAAUUUUAUUACCGUAUAUAUAACAAUUCUCAAGGUCUAUACAAAAUAUCACUUUUUAUUUGAGUUUUAGAGUAAGCCGGUUCCAUAUUUAUUAUGACUUGUGAAGAUCACUCAUCUCGAAAUAUAUGUACCAACCAAGGCCUUUCAAUGCUUCUGGAGCGUAAAAUGUUAAUUAGAUUGAAGCUUACAAGCUAUUGUCUGACUUUUUCAUCAAGGCAUUAUUCUUUUAAAUACUUAGUUCAUUGUAGAAUUCUAACAAACAUUUUGGAGGAGUUGCGAAGCUCAGUUGCUUAUCAGCUUUGCUCUGAUUAAUCAGAACAUUUUUCAAGUUUUCUGAUUUUUAGUGUCAAAGGGUAGCAUGCAGCUUGCAAUGCUGACUGUCUCCUGCCUGGCGUUGGCCAUUAUCAUGGUUGAUAUGGUGAAUGCGCAACGUCAGCAAAAUAUUCCAUCCAGCUACGGCGACUACAACAACGGCGAUUUUGGCAACGAUGUUGCGAACAACAAUAAGCAGGAGACCGAAAAAAAGAAACAGAAAGAGAAAGUGAAAGACAAAGACAUCGAUGCCGAUGAAACGAAAACUGUAUUUGUUCCUGUUCUACCGUUUCCGUAUGCUUUCUAUCCAUAUUACUAUCCUUCAUUCUAUAGUGUAGAAUUCUACCCUCCCCCUCCUCCACCACCUCCUCUUGUACCUGUCUACACAGUUUUCUAUGAUUGAUUCGAGGAUCAAAUUCUUUAUAAAUUCAUUUACAAACACUGUCAAGAAUCAGAUUGUUUGCUCUAAAUUAAUAUUAGCCACACAAUCUACUGGAUGAUUGUAUCUAUUGUCUAUGAAUAAAUGAGAUGAAAUGAAAUGAAAAUGAUUAUCUUGAUUUAACAAAUACAAUUAUUAUUAUAUAAUA